UAAAACUCCCAUCAAAGAGAGAGCAAUGACAGGGAUCGUAAUGGUGACUAAGGGUGGUGGUUGCGGUGGCGGUGGCAAGAGGAGCAGAGUCUCUGGAACCACCGAGGAAGAACAACACAACCAACUCUCCCUCGUCGCUCUUCUCUUGGCGGCUAUAAGAAAAUCAAUGGUUUCUUGCAGGGUCGACCAACCCGACGAUGUAAUCUCCACCGUCCAUCACAUGGAGAUCGGAUGGCCUACCAACGUCCAACACAUCACUCAUGUCACUUUCGAUCGCUUCAACGGCUUUCUCGGUCUCCCCGUUGAGUUCCAAGUCGAGAUCCCAGCUCCCGUUCCCAGUGCCAGUGUAAGUGUGUUUGGUGUCUCAGCAGAAUCUAUGCAGUGCUCUUAUGAUUCUAAAGGAAACAGUGUUCCCACUAUUCUCUUGCUAAUGCAGGACCGUUUAUACUCACAGGGAGGCUUAAAGGCUGAAGGUAUAUUUCGUAUAAACCCAGAAAAUAGUCAAGAGGAGCAUGUGAGGGACCAGUUGAAUAGAGGCAUUGUGCCAGAUGACAUUGAUGUUCACUGCUUAGCGGGACUAAUCAAAGCUUGGUUCCGAGAGCUUCCCUCAGGAGUGCUUGAUGGACUUUCCCCUGAGCAAGUUCUUCAGUGCAAUACAGAAGAAGAUUCUGUUGAGCUUGUGAGGCAGCUAAAGCCAACUGAAUCUGCCUUACUCAACUGGGCUAUUGGUCUUAUGGCCGAUGUUGUGGAAGAGGAAGAGUUUAACAAAAUGAAUGCAAGAAAUAUUGCAAUGGUUUUUGCUCCAAACAUGACUCAGAUGUCUGAUCCUCUAACUGCCCUGAUGCAUGCGGUGCAAGUGAUGAACUUACUCAAGACACUGAUAAUGAAGACACUUAGAGAACGUGAAGAAACAGCUACAGGUGGGUAUUCUCCUAUGUCAUUUCACUCGUCAGAUCGCCAAUCUGAAGAUGAAUAUGACAGUCAGCGAGAAAUGGACACCAGCGGUGAAUUGAGAGGAACCAAAUCAGAUUAUGAUGAUCAUGCUCACUACAGCCAUAGUAGUGAAGAGGAAGAAGGGGAGGCUGAAUCUUUAAGUGAGAUAGAGGAAUGCUUCUUGAAACAGUUGGAUGAGAACACCAAAUCAUUCUCAGAAGUACCUGCAGGUAAUUUGCAAGAGUACGUUAGCUCCAGAAGUUGCUCUGGCUAUGUCAUGGAACCUGCUACAUCAGUUUCCGACAGCAAAGCAGGGAAUUCCUGCUCGAGGACAACACUGACUAGUUUGAGCUCAAAUGUUGACACAAGUAGUCCAUCAAUAGGAUAUGCUGGCACCAAUGAUAUGGAUAUGAUGGAUAAAUUUACGGAUUCUAUUUCACCGGUGCCACUUCUUGCUUCUAGUUAA